UGACCCAAUAAUUUGCCCAGUGCAAGGGUUUAACUCUAAGCGUCCCUCCUGCGCGCGUCUCCUCGCUCCCGCUGAGCGGCUGCGAUGGAGCGUUCUUGCUUCGACGGCGUCAAUGUGGAGGUGGAGAGGUUGUUCAUUGGAGCCGGUUGUAACCGAGUCCUGAACAACGUAUCUUGGGGCCCGUCCGGCCUGGUCGCCUUCGGUGCUCAGAACGCCGUUGGUGUCUUCUGCCCCAAGAGUGCUCAAAUUUUGACAACGCUUCCUGGCCACAAAGCUGUCGUCAAUUGCACACAGUGGCUUCCAUCUAGCAAAGAUGCAUACAAAGUUCAACAUGCUGUAAAGCACUAUCUCCUUUCUGGAAGUGCAGAUGGAGUAAUUAUGCUCUGGGAAUUCCAUACCAUAGAAAGAAAGUGGAGACAUGUCUUGCAAAUUCCAGAAAUACACAAGAGAAGUGUCACAUGCUUUACAGGAAUAAUGUUGUCUGGAAAUAUUGGAAUAUUUGCGUCCACCUCUUCAGAUGGGAGUAUUGCUCUGUGGGAAAUUGUCCUUCCAAUAGGUAUAAAUGAUGAAUGCAAAAUUUCAUGCUUGCAAUCCCUCUCAGUGGGCUUAAAACCAGUGGUUGCAUUGUCCUUGGCAAAACUCCCAGAUGAUGAAGAAAAUAUAGUUUUAGCAACUGGUGGCUUAGACAACAAGAUCCAUCUUUAUUGUGGUGGUCAUAAGGGAAAGUUUGUGCAUUCUUGCGAGCUGAAAGCCCACAUGGACUGGAUUAGAAGUUUAGAUUUUUCAUUACCAAUUUGUUUGGAUGGUGGGAAGAAGAGCUUAUUGCUUGUGAGUUCAUCUCAGGACAAAACAAUACGAAUAUGGAAGCUUUCCUUGCGUGGUUCUUCAUCUUAUUCUGAGGUGCCAUAUCGCAAGGAAGAUAUAGGUUUGACCUCUUUUAUUGAAGGACCUCUAUUUUUGGCAGGGAAUAUGUCCUAUCAGGUGUCACUAGAAUCACUUCUUGUGGGACAUGAAGACUGGGUAUAUUCAGUUAUGUGGCAGCCUCCUUUAUCUGCAACUUCAAAUGGGGUUGAGUGCUACCAACCUUUGAGUAUCUUGUCUGCAUCUAUGGACAAGACAAUGAUGAUCUGGAAACCUGAGAAAAUCACUGGUAUUUGGGUUAAUAUAGUGACUGUUGGUGAAUUGAGUCACUCAGCGUUGGGGUUUUAUGGUGGGCACUGGGCACCAGAUGGUGAAUCAAUUCUUGCUCAUGGAUAUGGUGGAUCAUUUUAUUUGUGGAAAAAUGUUGGUUUAGAUUGUGAAAAUUGGAAGCCACAUAAAGUUCCUUCGGGUCAUUUUGCCGCUGUGUGCGACAUCGCCUGGUCCAAAUCUGGUGAAUAUGUACUCUCAGUUAGUAAUGACCAGACAACUCGAGUUUUUUCAACAUGGAGAGAUGAACUAAGCCUUGGGACUAGGGUUCCUUGGCAUGAAAUAGCACGGCCACAAGUUCAUGGGCAUGACAUCAAUUGUGUGACCAUUAUAAAGGGGGCUGGGAACCACAAAUUUGUUAGUGGAGCCGAAGAAAAAGUUGCAAGAGUAUUUGAAGCUCCUCUAUCAUUUUUGAAGACUCUUAACCAUGCUGUUUUCCAAAAAUCCAGCUUCGAGAAUCCACAAGAUGUGAAGAUCCUAGGUGCAAAUAUGUCUGCUCUUGGGCUUUCACAGAAACCUAUAUAUGCGCAAGCUGUAAGUGAGGCCUCCAACAGGGUGAAGGAGGAGGUCCUAGAUUCUUUGGAAACAAUUCCAGAUGCCAUGCCAGUUGUCUUGAAAGAACCUCCUGUUGAAGAACAACUAGCCUGGCACACACUUUGGCCCGAAUCUCACAAACUUUAUGGCCAUGGUAAUGAGCUAUUCUCACUUUGCUGUGACCAUGAGGGGAAGCUUGUUGCUUCAUCAUGCAAGGCACAGUCAGUAGCAGUUGCAGAAAUAUGGUUAUGGGAAGUUGGAUCAUGGAAGGCAGUUGGCCGUCUACAGUCUCAUAGUCUGACAGUAACGAAAAUUGAAUUUUCCCAUGAUGAUUCUUUCCUCUUGGCUGUUUCAAGGGAUCGGCAGUUCUCUGUAUUUGCAAUCGAGAAAUCUGGAGAUGAAAUAAGCCAUCGACUGAUUACAAAACAAGAAGCACACAAAAGAAUAAUAUGGGCUUGUUCAUGGAACCCUUUCUGCCACCAAUUUGCAACUGGGUCAAGGGACAAAACUGUCAAGAUCUGGGGAGUUAACAACUCUACCUCUUCUUCUGUCAAGCAGAUUACAAGCUUGCCAAACUUCAAGGAAAGUGUUACAGUCUUAUCUUGGCUUGGUCGAGAUCGGUCCUCAAAUACUGGAAUCCUUGCUGUCGGCAUGGACGAUGGUCUGAUCGAGCUCUGGAAUGUUUCUGGUGGGGUAAAUCCAUGGCUACCAUUCAAUACUGUUGUCGCAUUGCGGUUCGAUCCUUACCUAUGCCACGUAUCGACGGUCCACCGUUUGGCUUGGAGUUCUGAUGAUGCUGGGGAUUCAAAAACCAUGCAGCUUGCUUCUUGUGGUGGAGAUCACUGUGUUAGGGUGUUUGAAGUAAGAUUAAACUAAUAAACAAGAGAUUUCUUGGCUGGAGAAAGUAAGGCUUCGUUUGGGACUGAUGUCUUACUGCUUCUCAAAAUUUUUUUUAUUAAAAAGCUAUUUUAAGAAUCAUUAAGAAAGCUGUUUCAAAAAAAAGCUUUAAGUUUUUCUGUAGCUUUUGUGCUAUUUUCAUAUCUUUGUAGUAGUAGAGCAUGGUGUACUGUUUUGUAUAGAUUAUUUGAGAUUUAGUUUAUAUUUUUGUUACUGUUGUUGUAAUAUAUACCCAUAAGUUUAUUGAUUUAUAUGAAAGAGUUAUGCCUAAGAUUCUUUAAGGCUC